CUUAUACGCUCCUGGGUGUGUUAUCUCGAGUAUAAAAGGUGCAUUGAACAGUCACUGAAGGCAACGAAAUAACAAGUGUGAACACAGCGACCUUAUCUUCACGAACAAGUUUAGCAACAAAAUUGAGAGAAUGAUAUCCAGAAAAUUUUAUUUCCUUUUCUUAAUUAUAUUAACAGUGAAGAGUGAAAAUAAUACAUUUGGAAAUGUUAUGAAAAAGAUCGUAUCUGAAUACAGUAAUUCGACUUCAACCGAAAACAACUAUGCUCCGUGGUUUUUUGAACAAAUUAUAAAUAUCCUAAACUGUGGUCCUUUACCGACAUUAAAGAACAGUCGGAUACAUUAUAUUGUGAAAUGGGAAGAGGCAAAAAUACAUCUGAAACAAAAGUGCAACCGCUAUUUUGAAGCAAGCGUAGAGAAUACAGCCGAUAUUAUUUGUUCGAAUGGUAAAUGGAUGUAUGAAGAUAAAAAAUGUAAGUUAAUAACUUGCCCGAUUUUUCAUAAACAUGCACGCAGUUUCAUGAUAAAUGUUGCAUACUCAUAUAACUCUGUUAUUCGUUUUUCCUGCCUGUCUGGUUAUUUUUUACGAGGAAACAAUUCAAUACGUUGUCAAGAAAAUAAACAGUGGUCGUCUCUCCCACCAAUCUGUGAAAUUGUUAAAUGUCUCCCACCGAACCCACCCAAACAUGGCAAUGUAAACAAUACAAAUGAAGUUAAAGUUAACGAAACAAUUCAUUUCAGUUGCUUAAAGCCAUAUAGUCUGAAAGGUGAAUCUGUAUUAACUUGUCUUUCAGACGGCAGCUGGAACUUUCCGGCACCUGUUUGUACUUUGAAUUGCUUUGUACCUGAAAUUGCUGGUAGAGUGGUGACUAUUUCUGAAGGUACAAUAUUAAAACCAAGAACCUUAAUCAACGAUGGAGGAAAAGUCAUAUAUUCUUGCAAACGAUCUUUCAUUCCUGUCGCGUUUGGUGUCGUUCAAUGCUUGUCAAGUAAAUGGUAUCCAGAUAUACAGUGCAGAAACGCGUGUAAAAUUGAGAAACGAAAUGGGUUAAAUUUUAUUUUGUCACGUAAUUUUUCGGUUAUUGAAUAUAGUUGUCCAGUUGGAGAAACAUUGUUGGGAGAUUCAAAAAGAACCUGUUUAGAAAAUGGAACAUGGAGUGGAAAACUUCCACAGUGUGCAAAGAACUGUCAAUUGUUGCGAAAAUUUGGCAUAUAUAGCUACCGAAAUUCGAAAACUUUGAAAUAUCUUCCGUAUGGCAGUACAGUUCCAGAAAAUACGAACAUUACUUAUUCUUGUGAAUUCCCAAAUUCGAAGAAAUUGAACGAGAGCGUAAUGUGCCAUAAAGGUAUACUGACCCCAACACCAGGCUGUGCAUUUAAAAAUAUUCGACUUGAUCGUAACAACAAUCUUCUUUACAAGAAUAUUUCAUCAGAUUACUAUGUUUGCGGAACAAACAUUGAUUGCAAAUUUUUUGGUUACCGCCAGUACACUUGUGACUAUAGAAACUGUAAUUACCGACAUAAGUGUGUCGUUGUGAAUUUUAACACUACAACAUCGGAAAUACCUUUUAAGGAAACCCAUGCAAGUUGUUGUACUUUGAGGUGUGAAAAUUACCGAUAAUUACUAAUAUCAAACUACUCUCCCUUUGAAACUGUCCCCUUUAUGCACAAAUUAUUGUUUCUGUGUAUAUGAGUUAAAUUUAAAGAAGCAUAUUCCACAUCUUAUCUGCAUAGCUAUGACGAUGUAAUUAGAAACAUUCCUAAAUUUAUUUCCAAGAACUUUCUUAGGGUGUUUUCUCUCUUGGUAUUUGCAUAACUAACUGGAAACAAUUCUAUAAUUAAAAGAAAGUUCAGUCUUUAAAAUUAAAUGUAUUCU